CGCGCGCGUCGUCGGACGCGCGCUCCGGACGCGAUGUCCGAGAUCGUCGCGGCGUCCCCGGACGUCCCCGCGACGCCCUCGACCCCGUCCGCGGCGCCGCCGACGCCGGAGGUUCCCACCGCGCGCGCGCGCGUCGCGUCGUCGGACGCGACGACGAACGAUAGCGCGAGCUCCGCGCGCGCCGAGCCCGUCGCCCCGUCGCCCGGCGUCCGCGUGAGCGUGGACGUCGACCAGGGCGCGUACGUCGCGGGCGAUACCGUCAGCGGCGUCGUCGAGGUCGAGUGCGACGGCCCGGUCAAGGCGAAGCGCGUGGAGGUGACGAUUCAAGGGCGCGAGCGCGUGACGCUCCAGCGCACGCUGACGAUCCCCUCGAGCGAGCUCGCGCCGUUCCAUCACGUCCAGGGGACGUCGCACAGGGACCAUCACGCCUUCUUGAAGGCGAACCCGAAGCCGGAGAUUAGGAACCUCGUCGCCGAGCGCGAGUGGCGCGCGCGCCACGGGCACGAGUCCUCGAGCAAGAACGUCUCCAUCGUGGACGAUAUCACGCAGGUGGAGACCGUGUUCAGCGAGCGCCGGGUCGUGAUCGACGUCCCGGACGAGCGCGGGGACGGCGCGGGGGGAUCGAUGCGGGUCGGGACGACGACGAAGACGUUCAGCGCCGUCGUGCCGCGGACGGCACCGAGCGCGUUUUACGUCGCGGGCGGGAACUGGAGCCUCGGGCGGGGCUACCUCGCGGAGAUCGUGUACACGGUCGCCGCCGCGGUCGUCGCCGCCGCGGACGAGGAGCCGAGCGGCGCGAACGGCGGCGGCGGCGACGGAUCGAUCGGCGGCGGCCCGGCGGCGCCGUCCGUGUCGUUGACCCCCGGGGAGAAGAUCCUCGCCGCGAAUAAGAAGCACUUCCUCGUGACGCAGCAGGGCAGCAACGGCGGUGGCGGCGUCACUAGCGGCGUCACUAGCGGCGUCGGCGCGUCCGCGAUGAUGCGCGCGUCGACGAUGCCGGCGGCGGGAGGCGGCGCCGCGGCGACGGCGACGAGGAAAUUCAUCACGGGCGGCGCGUUGAAGGCGACGAUAUCCACGGAUAAGCGCGCGUACGUCCCCGGCGCCGACGUCGCGGUCGUGAAAAUCGAGGCGAACUGCACGGUGGGGCAGCCGUGCCACGGGAUGACGACGUGCGCGGUCGUCCCGAUCGGCCUCAGAGCGCACGGCGAGCGGUGGAACAAGACCUUCGAGAUGUCGACGACGAAGCACCCCGGGUUCGCUCCGGGAUACUUCGGCGAGCGAACGAUCGCGUUCCCGAUCCCGCCGGGGUGGCCCGCGAGCACGCACGGCGCGCUGAUCCGCUGCGGGUACGACGUGCGGACGACGUUCACGCUCGCGGGGGUGAACGCGAACCUCGUCGUGGACGUUCCGAUGACGAUCGAGCCGAGCGCGUCCAUGUACUCCGACGCGCGACCGGCGGGGGCGCCGUUCGACGUCGUCGCCGCGCAGCACGCCGGCGGCGCCGCGGGCGCGUUCGUCCUCAAAGCCGCGAACGUCGCCGCGACGCUGCCGCCCGGGGUCGUGUUCCGACCGCCGUGGGCGGACGAUAAGACGUCGAGGGCGUGCAAGUCGUGUUACGCCCCGUUCACGCUCGUGAACCGCCGGCAUCACUGCAGGGCGUGCGGGGACAUCUUCUGUAAGAAGUGCGCGGGAUGGAAGGUAGACUUGCCGCGGUUAGGGUACGCCACGCCGCAGCGCGUGUGUCAGGGGUGCAUGGAGAGCGCGCGACGGACGGGGGGCGCGUUCACGCCGAUCGAGGAGCCGUCGGCGUCGCGCGCCGGCUGGUUCGCGGGGGUCAAGGAGCCGGAGCCCACGCCGCCGCCGCCGACGUCGCCGCCCGUGGAGACGGUGAGCUUGGAGCAGCUCACGGGCGGGCACGCGGCGGCGAACGCGACGAGCGACGCGAUGACGCCGAUGACGCUGGAGCCGACGUCGUGAUGAGAGCGAACGAGCGAGCGAGCGAGCGAACGAAAGAAGACGAGACGAGUUUUGUCACACCACGCGCGAAUCGUCGUCGCGAAA